ACUCUCACACCUUUCUUGCAACUCACCUACCCACAACAAACCUUCAGAGCAAUAUAGGUGGAGUGAUUAAGUAAAGAAUUCAAAAUUCAACUAGUAUCAUACAUAAUUUGACAGCCAUUUCCGAAGACUUGGUAUCAAUACAUCAUCAGAUAGCCAUGGCUAAAUUCAGAGGAACACACACAUGUGAACUAUAUAUAUGCAUGAUGCAAUAGUCCUUCUGUACAAAAUGAUUCUUCAGUUACCAAUAGCUAUCAGCUGAUGCCUCUCUCUUCCAUCUGUUGAUCACUGCCACAGUUCGUCAGUUAGUUUGAAGCGAUCUCAGGAAGACAGAAGCAAGAAAAAGCAGGCCUUGUGAAUGCUGCAACUGACACUUGCAUCCAUUCUUCUUGCUUUCAUGUGUCACUGCUAGGGCAAGGGUGAUCACCACAUGGGAAGAGGAGACCACCUGCUGAUGAAGAACAGCAAUGCUGCUGCAGCUGCAGCUGCUGUCAAUGGAGGUGGCACCAGUUUGGAUGCUGCAUUGAGGCCUCUAGUUGGUUCAGAUGGCUGGGAUUACUGCAUCUACUGGAGGCUCUCUCCUGAUCAGAGGUUCUUGGAGAUGACAGGAUUCUGCUGCAGCAGUGAGCUUGAAGCACAGGUCUCAGCACUGCUGGACCUGCCUUCUUCAAUCCCACUGGACUCCUCCUCCAUAGGGAUGCAUGCGCAGGCAUUGCUGUCGAACCAGCCGAUCUGGCAGAGCAGCAGUGAGGAGGAGGAGGCUGAUGGCGGCGGUGGCGCCAAGACGCGGCUGCUGGUCCCCGUCGCCGGCGGCCUCGUCGAGCUCUUCGCGUCGAGAUAUAUGGCGGAGGAGCAGCAGAUGGCGGAGCUUGUCAUGGCGCAGUGCGGCGGCGGCGGCGCCGGGGACGACGGUGGGGGGCAGGCGUGGCCGCCGCCGGAGACGCCCAGCUUCCAGUGGGACGGAGGCGCCGACGCGCAGAGGCUGAUGUACGGCGGCUCGUCGCUGAACCUGUUCGACGCCGCCGCCGCCGACGACGACCCGUUCUUGGGUGGUGGUGGUGGUGACGCCGUGGGCGACGAGGCGGCGGCGGCGGGCGCGUGGCCGUACGCGGGGAUGGCGGUGAGCGAGCCGUCGGUGGCGGUGGCGCAGGAGCAGAUGCAGCACGCGGCGGGCGGCGGCGUGGCGGAGUCCGGGUCGGAGGGGAGGAAGCUGCAUGGCGGUGACCCGGAGGACGACGGCGACGGCGAGGGGCGCUCCGGCGGCGCCAAGAGGCAGCAGUGCAAGAACCUCGAGGCGGAGAGGAAGCGGAGGAAGAAGCUCAAUGGCCACCUCUACAAGCUCCGCUCGCUCGUCCCAAACAUCACCAAGAUGGAUCGCGCGUCGAUUCUUGGAGACGCGAUCGACUACAUCGUGGGGUUGCAGAAGCAGGUGAAGGAGCUGCAGGACGAGCUGGAAGACAACCAUGUCCACCAUAAGCCGCCCGACGUGCUCAUCGACCACCCGCCGCCGGCGAGCCUCGUCGGGCUCGACAACGACGACGCCUCGCCGCCCAACAGCCACCAACAGCAGCCGCCGCUCGCCGUUUCCGGCAGCAGCAGCAGGAGGAGUAACAAGGACCCAGCAAUGACCGACGACAAGGUCGGCGGCGGCGGCGGCGGUGGGCACCGGAUGGAGCCGCAGCUGGAGGUGCGUCAGGUGCAGGGGAACGAGCUGUUCGUCCAGGUGCUCUGGGAGCACAAGCCCGGCGGGUUCGUCCGCCUCAUGGACGCCAUGAACGCGCUCGGCCUCGAGGUCAUCAACGUCAACGUCACCACCUACAAGACCCUCGUCCUCAACGUCUUCCGCGUCAUGGUGAGGGACAGCGAGGUGGCGGUGCAGGCGGACAGGGUGAGGGACUCGCUGCUGGAGGUGACGCGGGAGACGUACCCCGGCGUGUGGCCGUCGCCGCAGGAGGAGGACGACGCCAAGUUCGACGGCGGCGACGGCGGGCAGGCUGCGGCGGCGGCGGCGGCGGCCGGUGGAGAGCACUACCACGACGAAGUCGGCGGCGGAUACCAUCAGCACCUGCAUUACCUCGCGUUUGAUUGAUGAUGAUGAUUGAUUUUACCAUCUACGUCUCACUACUAGUGUAUACACACUCGAAUUAUUCGAGAAAGAAACAUAAUGCUACGUACUAGUAAUAAUGGAUUUGAUAAGUAGUUGUCUAGUAUUUGUGAUUAAUGGCAUAUAUGCAUAAUGACUUGAUGACUGAAAUGUGGCUAGCUAGAAUUGUGGAUACUUCUAUCGAGUGUUUUUCCACUUUUGUUGGAAAAACUUUUGCUUGCCAA